AAACAUCCUUACUAUUAUUAACAAAAACUAUUGAUGCAAAACGUGAAUAGCUGAGAGAAAAACGUGUUCCCACGAAUUUGUGAGAGUUUUACACGCUUUUCUAUUGUUCACGACCUUUUAAACCUAUUUACCUUAUAAGUUGUUCAUUUAAACUAAUUGAUAUAUCACUCAGUGUGGUCAAAAUGGUUGUUGUUUCGUCUACCUUUUCGGCUCCCGUGGAAGGGGUAUUGUCUCAAACUCCGGGCACCAAACUCCUGGUCGAUGGGCAAGAACUAGGCACUGCUACAUUAUACAUCACAGAAAAUAAUGUAGUGUGGGGCGGCGGCGUCGGCGCCAACGGUGGAGCGUCUGCCACCAUCUCCCUGCUGUACCCCAACAUAUCGCUGCACGCCAUACAGCGGGAGCCCGUGCCUGCACUGUUUGUGGUGCUCGGACAUGAACUCAGGCUUCCAGAGUUAAACCAGGCAGCAGGCGAUGCCAAUGAGGAUGAUGAUGAUGAUGAGUUUGAUGCUGACGACCCGCCCUCCACAAAUCUGCUGUUCGUCCCUCAGAACGAGUCAGACCUCCAGCCCAUGUACCAGGCCAUGAUUCAAGGUCAGACCCUACACCCGGACCCUGAGGAUGACAUCGACGACGACCCUUAUAUGGACGGGGAGGAAUUUGAUGAAGGAGAUGAGGAGUUUGAAGACGCCGAAGAGAGCAACGCGACGCCCGAGGACGCCGCGGCGCGCCUCCGGACUCUGCGCUUGGAGCACGCCAAUGGAACACAUGCAGAUGAGGCUGAAGAUGAAAUAGCGGACGAGUGAACCUAGGAAGGUUAUUAGCUUUUUUAAUUUUUCAAUAUAAAGUUAACGAUGAUGUAGGUGCCAGUAACUAAAGAUUACUCUUUGCGGUCGUUUAUUGACUGGGAGAACAUGAAAACUUUUUAAAAUAUCUAUACAUACAUUCGGAUCUUUAAAAAACCGGACAAGUGCGAGUUUAUAAUAUGGAUAAGUAGGUCAUUUAUUACUAGAAGCAAUAGUAUACAGGGUGAUCAAUCUAAAUGGGUCAGUAUGGAGAAGUCAGAAACUAUAAGAGAUAGCGAAAUCUGUUCUUAGGAACCAUGGCUUCGAUUUUAGAUUUAAUAAUAAUGGCAUUCAAUUUUUUUUUAAUCUAUCAUAAUUAACCGGGAUUCGAACAUGGUCAAUAUUCUUGUUGUUUGUUUGUAUGGCAACUUUUAAACGAUGCGUGAUAGCUGGGGGGUGCUCGACCAAAUAUCAUAGAGGGCCCCGAGACAAAACAAACUACAUUAAAAAAAAUUCAAUAUGGCC